GGGAAACGAUCGUAUUCUCGACCUCAUAACAUUUCUCCGCUCACGUCCUAUGUCUCCGCAAAGUCCCUCGCGGGCCUUCAGAUGCAUCGGACAACAUGCUGCUCGAUACCAAUACUGAACAAGCAGACGACCCGAUGAAUCGAACGUCAUCUCCAAAUUCGUUCGCGUCUUUGCCGGGUCUUGUGGAGGUGGUGCUCGACGAAGAGUGCCUCAGAUCGCUUCCUGACCUACGUGAUGGCGAUCGCCCAACAGAGAGGAGCCAGACCUCCCAGAUUGAUGUUCACAAGCAAAAAGGUGUGUUAGCCACGGAUCUCAUUGGGGGUACACCGAUCGCGAUGGAAAUCAGGGUUGUCGCCAGUUCUGUUGGGAGCAAUUCUGACUGGUUAUUUUGCAGCCGAAAUGCGGGGGUUUUUUACGACCUUUUUACGACCGUGGUACCGAAGACAGCAAUGUGCAGAUUUUGUAUCUGCAUGACCCAUUGUCCAUUGGACCUGUUUAAAAAGCCUCAGGUGCCUUGUGGACUGGGUGGUACGAGAGCAACACGACGCCAACAUCGACACGCUGCGCGAAGACAAUGUAAUCUGGAAACAAAUGUGAGACAUUCAAGUUGAGGAUAUAGGAACCUUACGCUUACGGGCCCAGACGUAUGUGCAUUGUAAUGGACCUUGUCGAUUUUCAGCACUGUCAAUAACUCACUUGGUAGUGGCUACUUCCAGCAACUUCGGAUACGCACGCCCCGCGAUAUAGGCCCCAGACGCUUUCCUUUUUUGUGCGCCUUCGUCAGCCUCAGACUUGUUCCGUUGCCUGAAAUGGAUGUAUGGUGAGUUGCCACAGCUUCCUGAGCCAUUGAUUUUAAAGCAGGGUCAGGAAGAGUCUCAAGA